CAGCCGGACGGCCAGAUGCCCAGUGACAAGACGAUCGGGGGGGGAGACGACUCAUUCAACACUUUCUUUAGCGAGACUGGGGCGGGAAAACACGUUCCCAGGGCUGUCUUCAUUGAUCUGGAGCCCACUGUCAUUGACGAAGUUCGAACUGGCACCUACCGGCAAUUGUUCCACCCGGAACAACUGAUCACCGGAAAAGAAGACGCCGCCAACAACUACGCCAGAGGUCACUACACCGUCGGCAAGGAGAUUGUGGACCUGGUGCUGGACAGAAUCCGAAAACUGGCCGACCAGUGCACGGGGCUGCAGGGAUUUCUGGCUUUCCAUUCAUUUGGGGGCGGCACUGGAUCGGGAUUCGCCUCCCUCCUUCUCGAACGUCUCUCGGUAGACUACGGCAAAAAGUCGAAGCUGGAGUUCUCAGUCUACCCGGCUCCUCAGAUUUCGACAGCCGUCGUGGAACCCUAUAAUUCGAUCCUGACUACUCAUACAACUCUGGAACAUUCGGACUGUGCUUUCAUGGUUGAUAAUGAGGCAAUAUACGACAUCUGUCGUCGUAACUUGGACAUAGAGCGACCGACAUACACCAAUUUGAACAGGCUGAUAGGUCAAAUUGUUUCUUCAAUCACGGCAUCACUUCGAUUUGACGGAGCUCUGAAUGUAGAUUUGACUGAGUUCCAAACAAAUCUGGUGCCAUAUCCUAGGAUUCAUUUCCCCUUGGCAACCUACGCACCUGUGAUCUCGGCCGAAAAGGCUUACCAUGAACAACUGACGGUUGCCGAAAUCACCAAUGCGUGUUUCGAACCCGCAAACCAGAUGGUAAAAUGCGAUCCCCGACAUGGAAAGUACAUGGCUUGCUGUCUGCUGUACAGAGGUGAUGUAGUGCCUAAAGAUGUGAACGCUGCAAUAGCGACAAUAAAAACUAAAAGGACGAUCCAGUUCGUCGACUGGUGUCCCACUGGCUUCAAGGUCGGCAUCAACUACCAGCCUCCGACUGUGGUACCUGGUGGUGACUUGGCAAAGGUCCAGAGGGCAGUUUGCAUGUUGAACAACACGACUGCAAUUGCAGAGGCAUGGGCAAGACUGGACCAUAAAUUUGACUUGAUGUACGCCAAGAGAGCGUUCGUCCACUGGUACGUGGGAGAGGGUAUGGAAGAGGGAGAGUUCUCGGAGGCGAGGGAGGAUCUGGCUGCUCUGGAAAAAGACUACGAGGAAGUUGGCCUGGACUCGACUGAACAAGAGGGCGAAGAGGAGCAGGAGGAAUACUAA